AUGCAAUUAAAUGAGUAUUUGAAAAAAGUAAAUCACAAACCACGUGAGAAGUCUUAUGAAGAGAAACAUUUAAACUUCGAUGUUCCACAAGAAACUGAAGACAUCAAUGUCAUUGGUCAAGAAUUACGGCAAGAACCGUUGUUUUUGCAAAGCUCCGAAGAGCGCAUUGAUUACACGUGGAUUUUAAAAUACAUAAUUUAUCGCAAAAGACUAUGUUUUAAUGUUUUAUUUGACGAAGCUGCAAAAUUAAGAGAAAAGGAACAUGAAAAAAUUAUGAAUCAUAUUGCCAAAAAUUUGGAGACAUUACUAGCGCUUCAUGAAAAAAUAAAUUUCUGUAUUCGGGAAACUGACACAGAGGAACUCAGCAAGUUGGCCCUGUCGGAGCCGCCUGAAAUUAAACUGGACUGCAAGUUACCGCAAGAGAACAAAUCAAGUCCUCUGAAAGGAGUAGCAGAAUACUUCUUCGACAACGAUUGGCUAACUGAAAAACAUAAUGUGGCAACCGAAGUAAAAACGCCUAAGGUGGAUGAAGACCAACUAGUGGCAUUGAAAAAGGAAGCAAAUAAAACGUACACCCUUAUAAACGAAAUUGCACAAGAGUAUGACACAUCAUAUAAGAAAUUGGUAGAACAAAAACUAGCACUGGAUAUAGAAUUGAAUAAGGAAGAACUGCAGUUGGUAUUACUACUUUUUUCAGCAUCAAACACAUUAGGUAUUAAAAUGUGGGAAGCAUUUUGUAAGGACGAAAUUAAUUUUAUAGAACAUAUCGAAAAACGCUACGAAGAACAGAUUUCAAAGAUAGAUUCGGGGAUUUCAAAUUUAAAAUAUGGUACCGAAGAAUUAGAAAGAGAACUCUUUCUCCUAAACGGCGAAGUUCAUCGUCUUGGAAAACAUAAAAGUGGCUUUCUUGAAGCCUUCGACAUGAGACCUCGAGCCGAAAAGAAAGCCAAAGAUUCAUUAGACCCGUAUAGUUCCGUAGAACUCGGUUCUUGUUCUAUUGACCUUUCAGAAUUGGAUUCUGGAAAGUACAAACCUGCCAAUGUAUCAAAUGAAGUUUGGCAUGAAAUGUGCGAAUUACGUCGCAAAAAGAUUGGGUUAGAAAACAGAAUAAAAUCGAAUACGGAUAAACUUGAAGAACUAUGGACUGAGCGUCUAAGACUGAAGAACGCUCAAGAACAGUUAACAGCAAACAUUUCGAAAAGAACUGAUUACUUGAAGAAACUACAUUCGAAACGAAUCCGGAGCAUUUAUGAAACACCCAUGGUGGCAUCCAUUGCAGACCCACAGUUGGAGAUACCCUAUCCAGAUGAGCUUAAUUUUCAGGAUGCUUUUCUAAUCAAAAAAUUUCACCUGGAAUCGCUAAAUAACAUGAUAACCAGUGCUGGUAAAGAAAAAUUAGAAGCGCUACAAAAAUCAGAAAAGAUGACCAAUCAGAUUGAAAAGAGCCAGUUCAGACUUUUCGUAAUGGAUUCCGAAUUGAAAGCUGUGACCAAAGAUAUUCAAGUCAUCAGGAAUGUCCCCAUCACGAAAGAUGUUCAGAAAUUCGUCGAAGAUCCCAGAAGCUUCGACAUGAAACAGAAGAUACGAGCUUUGGAAAAAGUCACUGAUUUGGAACGGAAUGAUCUGCAGAAGCAGAUACAGUUGUCUAAAGAAAGAACAGCAAGUGUUAGCAAUAAGAUGGAAAUAUUGAGCAAAGCUUUGAAUGAGAAGAAGAAAGAAAUUGAGGUACUGAGAGGGAACAUCGCUGAGCUGCGAGGCUUGAAAAAUCUGACCAAUUAA